AUGCAUAAUUCCAACACCUUUCCUUCCUUUCCCCUUAUUCUUUUUACUCUUCUCACCUUCCCAAUUUUUUCUAAUUCGCAAAUCUCUCAUUUUGAUUAUUCUAAUCCGGGACCGCGUGUUGAUCAUUGCGCAUUCGUCUACGGGAAUAGUUUUUACGUCUUCGGUGGUACGGGCAAUGGUAACCACUCCUACUUCAGCUACAUCAAUACGCCCUUCAAUACAACAAACCCCACAUGGAAUUAUCUGCCAGUAACUAACGCUACAAACGUCAAUCGACCAGCAUGUUCCGUUACGUCAAAAGGUAUUUUAUACGUAACCGGCGACGCAGCAGACUCAAGCGAUGAUAAUUAUGCUGGAGUUCAAUCGUUUGAUUUAACAAAAGGCACUUCGGGUACUUGGUAUACACCGCUAAACACUGAUAAUAAACUUCAACAUUUGCCACGUGGUCAUAAGUCUAUUGUCGUACAAAUGUCAGCGGGUGGAGAAGUAUUGUUUAUAUUUGGAGGGUCGAAUCAUACGUUUAUUCUAUAUUCAGAUAGUUCAAUGCCGGAGAAUAUACCUAAAACAGAGUAUGCUCCGCCGGAAUAUAUGGACAAAUUCGCCCUAACUUCCUCUAAAGAUAACAUUUAUAUCAUUUGUAAUCGCAAUUGCACUAAAGAGUCUGACAGGAACCUGUGGGCAUUUAACAUUCCAAAGAGAGAAUGGUUUACGCCGAUUGCCUUCGUAGACAUUCCAGUGGAAGCCCAUGUUGAGUAUGCGGGGAAACGUAACGAUACGAUUUAUUUGAUCGAUUCGUGUCAUUCGAAAAUGUGGAGAUGGAAUUUGGUGAAUAAUAAUAGUACAAAAACUCUUCCUGAGGCUGGCCUUCGGACCUUUGGUUAUGCGUUUGCACAGUUGCCCGGCAGCGACGUUUUUAUU